AUGGCUACUGUCCCGAUGCUGUUUUUUCUCUGGGCUUUGAUCCAAGGCAUGAACGGUGAGGCCUGGAAUAUAACACUGCCGCUGAGGAUCAUGGGAGUUGAAGGCUCUUGCAUGGCUGUGCCCUGUAGUGUUGUUGUCCCUCCGUCUUACAGUGCACAGCUGAAUAACUGCUCCGGAGGUGGAGUCUGGAGGAGAAACGAUGCAGUCAGCCCCAACAUUAAGAGCGCUGAUGUGCUUGUGCUGGGCGAUCUGAGAAAGAAAAACUGCACCACGGUUUUCAGGAAUUUUACAAAGAAACAAAAUAACAUGUACUUCUUCAGAAUAGAAUGCCCAGACCUAAAAUAUACUUUUAAACAAGGAGUACGCAUCACAGUCACAUCAGGUGUGGCCCCGCCCUCCCUGACCUCUGUGAGUCAUGUGACAGAGGGAGGUCAUGUGAGCCUGCAGUGCUCUGCCAUGGCGCCAUGCCCCUUUCUGCCCCCCUCCUUCAUAUGGGCUGCACCCCAGAGCAACAGGAAGGAACAGACACAAGUACUAAAGAAUUCAGAUGGACAGAUGAUACUGAAGUCCACUUUGACCUUCACUGCCUCAGCUCAACAUCACAACAAGACCGUCACCUGCUCCGUGUCCUACCCACUGUCAGCAGGAGGCAGCAGCGAGGCAUUCACCACCUCUCACGCUCUCAAUGUGUUAUAUGGACCCAUGAACACUGCAGCAGAUGUGAGCGUCCCAGGCCCUGUCCCAGAAGGCUCUGUGGUGGUCUUCACCUGUUCAACUGACGCCAACCCCCCUGUGUCGUCCUACACCUGGUUCAGCAACACCAAUGGAACUAUGGUGAAGGUUGGUGAAGAACCGACACUGCCCCUACAGGUGAAGCCGGCACACAGCGGCUUGUAUGAGUGCCAGGCUCAGAAUGAGAGAGGAGUUCAGAGGUCAAAACCACUGCUCCUGGAGGUCACAGCUCAGAACGGCGUCUGCUGCAGUGUUGGAUUCUGGGUGUCUGUUGGGUGUGGAGUCCUGUCUGCUCUGUGCGUCCUCUCUGUGGCACUGCUCUUCUAUAAAUACAGGAGUGUUUCAAAGAGGCUGAAGCACAUGGAGCAGAGGGAGAACAACAUCUACUGUGACCUGCAAACCAGCUGUGUGUCCUCAGACUAUGACAAGCUCCAGGCCCCACAGCCAAAGGUGAAGACUCCUCCUGAAAUGCUGGAGUAUGAAAACACUGCAGCUCUGAGAGAAGGAUUCAACCAAAACACAGGAGGAGCCUCUGAAUAA